UUCUCUCUUUAAACACAGGUGACUUUUCAUGGGAAACAUAUUUUUCUGUAGAGCAUUUUCAUUCACGAUGCGAAAAAUACCAUUUGUUUCUUUGGUGCUGGUGUUGGCAGUGAGCUUUUUUCUUUUUAUUCUUUCUUGGGAAAAUUAUGAAGAUGAAUCAAAUUGGGAAGUCUUCUCAAGAACAAAACUUCCUCGAGGUGAAGACACAUUGAUUGAUGUUGUGCAAAGGAUAAGAAACCCAAGUCGAUUAUUUGGUUUGCCAACACAAACUGGAAGGAAAAUAAAUAAAACCAGCAUUUACUCCCGGGGAAACGUCAAAAAUGAGAAUCUUAUUCCCAUCAUGGAUUUAAGUUCCUUCAAAAAACUUCCUCAGUGGAGUUUUGAGGAUAUAUACAAUCUGGAUGCUCCACCAAGACCAAAAACUUGUCCGCAGUCUCUGCAUAACACCAAGGACAAGGACUUCCAGAAAGUUUUCCUUCCCAACAUUCGCAUGUUUCUGCACAAAGAUAACAUCAACAUUAGAGAGUGGAACCGGCUCUCGCACUUCAACAAUCCUUUUGGUUUUAUGGGAAUGAAAUACAAAGAUGUAAUGCCUGCAGUGAAGCUGAUCCCAAAGCCCAAAGAGCCGCUGCUCCUCCCAAAACCAGGCGGGGACGGCUGCAUCCACUGCGCCGUGGUGGGAACAGGCGGCAUCCUGAACGGCUCAAAGAUGGGCGCCGAGAUUGAUGCUCACGACUACGUGUUUCGGGUGAAUGGUGCGGUGAUCGACGGCUACGAGGAAGACGUAGGGAAAAAAACGUCGGUUUAUGUUCACACCGCUCAUUCAAUCAGAACAUCCCUUCUAGUAUUCCAGGAGUAUGGAUACAAAUCUGCCCCGCAUGACAAAGGAAUAAAGUAUGUCCUGAUUCCUGAGGGCUUGAGGGAUUUCCAGUGGCUGCAGGGUCUUCUCAAAGGAGACAAAGUUUCCUCCGGUGAAUACAUGGAGGAAGAACCCAGAUCUUACUACUCAGGACAGUUCAGUGAAGAUCGUUUCUACGUUCUGCACCAGGAUUUCCUGCGAUACGUUCGAAACAGGUUUUUGAGUUCAAAUGACCUUAAUGGAGAUUACUGGGCAUUUGUUCGACCAACCAACGGGGCGUUUACUCUCUUUGUGGCUCUGCACACAUGUGACACGGUGAGUGCAUAUGGAUUUAUGACAGAAGACUACAGUAAAUACUCAAACUAUUACAUGGAGAAGCAUUUGACUGAAGUAACUUUCUACAUCAACCAUGAUCUCAUUCUGGAGAAAAAUCUGUGGAAAAGCCUUCACGACAAAAAAAUACUGAAGCUGUAUCAAAGAACUGGGUCAGAAAAACAAACCAGUCCCUGAUUCAGCGUCAAGGAGUCAAGAAGAAUCUAAAAAAAAUAUGAUGGUGUUUAUUAUUUUUAUGAUUGUACUUUAACCUUAAGCUUAUUUGAACACAGAAAGACCUGUGUAAAUAUUUAUUGUGAAUAAUGUCCUACAAAUGGACUGUAUUGAGGCAUAUAAGGUGUUGAAAUGAAGAAUAUUUUUUUACAUUUAUAGAUACAGUAUUGUUUUAGCAGUAAUAAUUAUUUUCCGUUGGUCACAUUCCUUUGCAAUGUGGCAGCUAUAGCAAUAUUUUAGUUUUACAAAAGCACUCUAACAAACGAAUGCUGUGAAGAAAACAAACAUUACAAUAAAUACAAAAUAUAUAUAUAUUUAAUGAACCUCCUUUUAUUUAUGUAGCUUGCAAUUAGCAGGAGAUACUAAAGAACUAUAUUUUUUGAAGAAAAUAGCUAAUAUAUUGUGAAGAGUGUGAAAUCAAUGUUGAUUGUAUGUUAUUAUGUUUUUUUGUUUGUGUAUUUGUUAAAUCACUUUUGAAAGAAAAUAAUACGGUCAACUAAAUAAACCUGUUCUAUGUCUUUCUAGGGCACAACUUCUUUCAGGGGCAAAUUUUGUUAUCUUAUUAAUUAUUUAGUUAUACAUCUGUAAACAAACAUGAGAAGAAGACUGGCACAUAUUAAUAAAUACAGAUAUACAAAUACAAAUAAAUACAUAUUAUAAUUCACAGCUCAUUCAUUUUAUGCUUCUAUAUUUAACAGAUGUUUCAGGACAAAAGUGAUGGCCUAGUAAUGCUGCUGCCAUUAACAAAAAUAAAUAAUAAAUAAAAUGCAGAACGCUUAAAAUAAUUAACAGAUUUCUGCUGGCUGAAUGUAUUUAUUUAUUUAUGAAUAAUAUUUUAAAUGAGUUUUAUUUUUAUUUUAUUACACUGACAUUUACAUGUAAAGUGCAAUAUAAAUGCAACUGCAUUAUUAUUAUUAUUUCUGAUUUAAUUUAAUAAUUUUGUGACUUCAUAUUAUGCUGGAUUCUUGGGUAUUUCCAGACAUAACUUUGAAUUUUUAAAUAAUAUACAAAAAACGUCCAAUUUAUCAGAAAUGUCACGUCACCUGUCCCACGCUGAAGAACUCUACACGACAGAUAAUGAUGCCUUUUCAACGCCUCAGACCCAAGUCAACCUUCAUCUUUCAAAUUAAUGUUGGAAUAUGUUCUCAUCUUAACCUGUCUUUAAGUUAUCUUGUGUUAUGUGUUCAUGUUUACUGAUUUACUUUGUAAGGUACAGCUUUAUGUUCUAUAUCCUGUCACUCUCUGUUUAUGUGCAUGUUGUACUGUUGUUGUCCACUGGGGGCAGUGAGAGUGAGUUCUUAUAUAUAGGCAGCACUGAAAGAACCAGAUGAAGAAAAGUUUUCUAUAUGCCUGAUCGUUCCACAAUAAAGAACACAGC